AUGAAUAUUUCGCUCACUUUUCAAAGCGAUGAUAUUCCGCCAAUUUACAAAUUUGAUAUGAAACAGGAGUUCAAUGGGUUUCUCAAAUAUCCGGUCGAGUUUGUGGAGAAGUAUCAAUGUGAUCAGAUUGGGAAUAAGGCUCUCUACAUGCUAAAAACAGCCCGAAACGCAGUAGAAGAACGUUUCCGAAUCCGCCGAUAUUUCCGCCAAAACGGCCUUGCAAUCAAAAACUACAUCUUCUUCCUCGGAACUUCUCCUUCCGGCCAACCUUGGGAAGAAGGAGAUUUCCUGGAAGACGAGUUCAACAAAUUCAACGACAUCGUGAUCGCGGAUUUUCCGGAUACAUACAAUAACUUGCCGCUGAAAACAAAGAGCUUGUACGAAUUCGCUCUUCGAUUUUGCUCGGAAAAGAUUUCGCAGUAUUACUUUCACGAUUCCGAUACUUUGAUUCAUGGCGACAUCGAAAAACUCGUCCGGAACUCGAUGAGGGAAGAAGAAAUGGACGAGAACUACAAUAGAGCUUGCAACGACCUGGAAGACGAUGAUCAACGAUUUGGGCUCGGCAACCUGAAAAGCUGCUACCAUCGACCAAUGACGGAAGAGGAACCAAUGAUCAUGUGUCUCAGGCACACUGGCCGGAACCACGGCGCCAUCUACUGGGGCAAAUACAAUGUCACGUAUGAAAUGUUCCCGCCAAAAUACAAAUACCCCGACUACUGCAAUGGGCAAUGCGCGGUCAUGAAUCGAAAGUCUUUGGAAGCGAUUGGAGAGCAAGUCGGAAAAACGUACCUAGGAGAUUUUAGAAUUGAGGACAUUUACUUUACAGGAAUUUUGAGAGAAAAAGCCGGGGUGAACAAUCUUCAAGAUUUUACAAGAACGAUUUCUGAGUUUACCUCCACUUCUGGUUAUCAAAAAAGCGUAAAAACAAAAACUUGCAUGCACUACUCAAAGGAAAUGAUUAUGACUCCGAAAGCCCAUCUCAUCAACGAUCGAUUCUACCCGGAAAUGCCGACUGGAAUCGUGACGCAAAAAAUGUUCGAGGAACGAAAAGAGUAUUUCAAACGAAUGCACCGCGAGAAAUUGCGCGAAACGAAGGAAAAAGAGCACGAAGAAAAAGAGCGAAAAAAGCUUGAAGAAGAUCAAGCUAAGAUUCUAAAAGAGCGAAAUUUGGAAGUUGCCGGAAUCGCGCCGCAAAACAAGGGUUUUCAUCCAAUCAACUGGCUUAGCCACCAUUUUGUCCGAAAAUAUUAA